AUGAAAAUUUUAGAAAAUUACAGUCAGUGUCGCGUCCCGGAUUUGGGCGACGCGAGCGGCGAGUUCGUUCCGAGCGUCGGCGUGAAACCGAUUCGAUUUCGACGACCGGUGCCUUCCGAGCGCGCUUCAUCGCAGUUAGAUACGAAUAUCGUCGGCUUACCGGAGAGUGCGCGAAUAUCUCCAGCCGAAGAAGCAUUUCACCUUCAGGGAUGGGCCGUCGUGAGCUUGUGCUGCAGUUUGAGUUUGGAAAAUGUCAUCUCUCUUCUCACCGCGGUCUUGCUCGAAAAGCAAGUCGUGGUGUUUAGUAACAACUUGGGCGAGUUGAGCGCUGUUUCUCUUGCGCUCAUUCCAAUGCUUCGUCCAUUCGGGUGGCAGUCGCUCUUUCUGCCAAUCUUGCCGCAACACAUGGUUGAUUUUCUCGACGCGCCGGUGCCGUUUGUGUGCGGCGUUCAGCACAAAACGAGCGAUUUGCGUAACAGAACGAAUCAUCUGACUCGAAUCAACGUGUACAAAGACGACGUAAAGGUACAGUGGGAGGGUAAGCCGUUGCGUUUGCCGAGAAUGAAGGAUCUCGUGCGCAAUCUUCACCCCCUUCACGAAGCCAUCGUGGAGGCGUCCGUCAAUCACAAGAAGCGACCAGUCAUCGACCCGUCUCAAGAGGCGAUCAACGCGGCGCGCGAGUUCCUCAACGCGUGGCGUGCGUAUUUAAACUCGCUCGUCGCGAGCAUACGUUAUCAUUCCAUCACAGACGUGAACGAAGGAGGCGAAGGAAAGGUGACAAUUUUGCUCAAGGAUUCGUUCCUCGCCACGUUUCAAGGCCAAGACAGAUCGUUCAUGCGAGCGUUUGCGGAGACUCAGAUGUUCUCGACGUAUUGCGACGAGGUAUUGGCGAGAGAUUGA